UGCUCUUAUGAGAUGGGAGGACAACGUGACGAAAUUCUUCGACGGGAACGAUUCUACGUCAAACUGUCCAAGAGCAAAUUCGCCCUUGAAAAGGUCCAGUUCCUAGGGCACAUGGUGAGCGCUCAAGGAGUUCACGUCGACCCCAAGAAAAUCGAGGCCGUACGCACGUGGAAGACACCCGAGAACGUGAAGGAGUUGCAGCAGUUCCUAGGCUUCGCUAAUUACUACAAUAGGUUCGUGCCACAAUAUGCGAAAAUCGCAGCACCACUCACGAAUCUGCUGAAGAAGAACACGCCCUAUAAAUGGGAACCAAAGCACCAGGAAGCCGUGGAGCAGCUGAAACAAGCACUCACGUCCGCACCGGUACUCAUCUUGCCAGAUCCCGAACGCGACUACGUAAUCGAAGCUGACGCCAGCGACCAGGCAGUGGGGGCAGUCUUAAUGCAAGACCAGGGGAAUGGACUGCAACCAAUCGCCUACCUCAGCAAGAAACUACACGGAGCAGAACUAAACUACCCGAUACACGACAAAGAGGCCCUUGCCAUCGUCAUCGCCUUUAAAGCGUGGAGAUGUUAUCUCGAAGGACGACGAACAACCGUCUACACCGACCACUGCAGCCUGAAAUACUUGAAGACACAACCCAAUCUUUCCAGGCGGCAGGUCCGGUGGAUCGACUUCCUCGAGACACACUUCCACUACGACAUCGUGUACAAGCCCGGUCACAAAAACAAAGCAGACGCUCUUAGCCGGCCUGCACACAAAAACGACAUCUGCUACAGUGGGACAGCAACAUCGCGUACCAGAAAGGAUCAACAAAAAUCUGGGUACCAAAUUACCCUCCUUUGCGCCAGUUACUACUCGAAGAAUACCACGACGUCCUGUACGCCGGACACUUCGGUAGCAACAAGACGCUCACCGGUAUCGCCAAACACUACUACUGGCCCCACAUGGCAGACGACGUCCAGAAAUUCGUCACCUCGUGUGAUACAUGUCAGCGGAUUGAAGAGCAGCAAGCAGAAAAAGGCGGGACUACUGCAGCCUCUUCCUGUCCCAGAACAGCCAUGGCAAGUGGUUAGCCUAGACUUCAUCACCGGGUUACCACCUACCACCAGCAGUCAUGACGCAAUCCUUGUCGUCAUUGACAAGUUCUCCAAAAUGGGACACUUCAUCCCGACACACACGACGGCACGCACCGAGGAGACAGCACAGCUCUUCGUUCGUCACAUCAUCUCACAGCAUGGCAUCCCAACCACACUCAUUUCCGACCGAGACCCCAAGUUCACCAGCAAGUUCUGGAAGGAACUUAUGUCUCUUCUCGGGACCAAACUCGCCCUGUCAUCCGCAUACCAUCCGCAGACAGACGGACAGACCGAGCGCCUCAACCAAAUUGUUGAGCAACUCCUCCGAGCAGCCUGCAAGGACGACAUCUCCAAAUGGGACUUGCACCUGCCCGUACUAGAGUUUGCUUACAACAAUGCUACGCAUGCCGCUACUGGACAGACGCCGUUCUUCCUCUGCUACGGAUGCCACCCACUCACACCACAGAAACCGACAACAUCCGCUACGGUACAACCUGCACAUGAUUUCAUCACAACCAUGCAUCAGCUUUGGGAUCGGACCCAUAAGCGCCUCCUCGACAUUCAACAGCAACAAAAGCGCCAGGCCGGACGCCAUCGCAACGACCACACCAUCACGGUGGGAGACCAGGUGCUUCUUGACACCCGCAACCUGGACAUCAGCCACCUCCAUCUAAACUUCGACCUCGCUUCUGCGGGCCUUUUCUCGUUGAAGCACAGUCCCUCAGGGUGACCCUGACGCUUUCGACAUCCGACCCUCG